AUGAAAGGAGAAGGGAAGAUGGUUAUGAAGUCCAAAUUGAAGUGGGUUGGUUUAGUUGGGCUGGUUCUGUCAGCUUUUUCUCUGUUUGUACAUUUUUUGCUUGCGAGAUUCACUGAGGAAGGCAUUGCUGAAUACCAAUCUUCAGUCACAAUCUUUUCUUGGAGACCCGUCUUUGAAAAUCCUGACUUUGCCAAAAAUAAUCCCUUGUAUAGAAGACUAUGGGGUCCAGUGAGGCGGCUUGAAUCUUUACAUCCAGAUGCAAAUCCCAGAGGAUAUUAUCCCGAUCCCAGAUCAGAAUCAAGUGGGUAUGUCUUUGUUAGGAUACAAGGUGGAUUCCAUGAAAUAAGGAAUUCGAUAUGUGAUGUGGUUGUGAUUUCUCGGCUUCUUAAUGCUACUUUAGUUAUUCCUGAGAUCCAAUCAACUACAAGCAGCAAAGGAAUCAGUUCCCAGUUCAAGAGUUUUGCAUACCUUUAUAAUGAGGAUCAAUUCAUGGCAGCUUUAGUGAAAGAUGUUAAAGUUGUGAAAACCCUUCCGCAAAAUCUUAAAGGCGCGAGGAGGCAAAAAAAGAUCCCAUCAUUCAAAGUGCCUAAUUCAGCUUCGCCGUAUUUUUAUUUACAUCACGUUCUUCCAGUACUUAAUAGGCAUGCGGUGGUCGAAUUAGUUGUUUCAAAUGGGGGUUGCUUGCAGGCUAUCCUUCCACCCAAUCUCGAAGAAUAUCAAAGGCUGAGGUGUAGAGUUGCUUUUCAUGCCUUACGUUUUCGGCAAGAGGUCCAGGAACUUGCAACUAAAAUGUUGAACAGGUUGCGGGCUCCUGGUCGACCAUUUAUAGCCUUUGAUCCUGGUAUGACAAGAGAUGCCUUAGCAUACCAUGGCUGUGCUGAACUCUUCCAGGAUGUGCACACCGAACUUAUUCAGCACAAACGAGCUUGGAUGAAGAAACGUGGGAUUGUUAAGGGGAAGCUUUCUGUAAAUUCAGCCAAACAACGUCUUAAUGGUUCAUGUCCAUUGAUGCCAGAAGAGGUUGGUAUUCUUCUACGUGCAUAUGGAUAUUCAUGGGACACGAUUUUAUAUGUCUCCGGGGGAGAGGUUUUUGGUGGCCAGCGGACACUGACUCCUCUUCAUGCCAUGUUUGAAAAUGUUGUUGAUAGAACUUCUCUCAGUGCUGCAUGGGAGCUCAGCAGAAUUUAUGGUCGUGAAGUUAACCUUGUUGACACUAAAUUAAGGGCUCCGCCUUAUGUUGUGCGAGAGAAAAAGCUUGAAGCAUGGAAAAAUGCAGGCCCACGACCCCGUCCACUUCCACCUCCUCCACCUCGGCUUAAAUAUCCAUACAAUAUUGAAGGUUGGUGGGGUUGGGUGGCAGAGAGUGAUAACGAGCCUGAGAGUACAGUAAUGGAGUUAAGGACUAAUGCCCAUAAACUAUUAUGGGAAGCAAUUGACUAUGUUAUUUGUGUUGAAGCUGAUGUUUUCAUCCCUGGAUUUGAUCGUGAUGGGAAAGGUCGUCCAAAUUUUGCCAGCUUGGUAAUGGGGCAUAGGCUCUACCAAUCAGCUGCAUCUAAAAUAUUCCAGCCAAACAGAAAGGAAGUUGUAAAGCUUUUAGAAGAAAACCGCGAACACCUAUACCAAGCAAAUCAUACCUGGCUGACAUCAAUACGAAGGCAUCUUAGAAGAAGUUUAAUUGAUGGAGUAAUGCAAGCAUCGACAAAAUCAAAGCGAUUGUCUUUUCUCUCACAUCCAGCCCCUGAAUGCUCUUGCUUGAGAUAUGAUCUUACCCAAGGAUCAUUGCAUGCUUCAAGCCCUUCUACUCAGGCACCAGUUGAGGCUGUCCUUGGAGUCAUGCAUCGUUGCCCUAAGUGGAUGGAUAGUGAGAUCAAAACGAAAUGGAAGGAUAAAGAAAUUGAAGAGGAUCUCGACGAAGAUGUUUCCUCAUCUUCUGGACUGUUUUUCAGGAAUAGUGGUGGAAAUCAGGAGAGUGGAGGUGGAGAAUUGAUCAAAGAAGAUUCUCAACUAGAUGAUCAAGAAGAACUUGAGGCGGCAGACUGA